AUGGUGGUACUCGGGGCGAUGUCUUUCGGGCUCGCGCUUCUCUUGAUGGGCUUCGACGGCCACGAGGCUAUGGCGUUGGGCCCGCGAGGCCCGUUGGUGGAGGAAUUUUGGGACAAUAUGAGGAGAUAUGCUCUGUACGCUCUUACGGUGAGCACAGGAGCUAUCUACACUAUUUUACAGCCGUUGGUGGAGCUUUUGAAGAACCCAAUCUCUGCUGUUCUUAUCUUGGUGAUUGUUGGAGGUGCCAUUUUCAUUGUGUCUCAAGUUGUGACUGCUAUGGUUGGUCUCUCUGAUUUUUCUUAUGAUUAUGGUUAUUAG